AUGGGCGAUGCAGGGUUCUUCAAAGGCACAUCAAGCGAACAAGAUACUCGGUUCAAAGACAAGGAGAAAUCCCUUCUCAAGUCGAUCAACUUUCCCAAAGAACUAGACCAGAAAGUCGACAUGCGGAAGGUGGAGCUUUCGGUCAUGAGACCGUGGAUCACAGACAAAAUAAUGGAGUUACUCGGCUUCGAAGACGAAGUAGUGGUCGAAUAUGUUAAUGGCUUGCUAGAUGAUCCCACCAGUCCCAUCGUCGAUCCCAAAAAAAUGCAAAUAAAUCUGACCGGGUUUUUGGAGUCGAAGACUGGACCGUUCAUGGCAGAACUCUGGGCGCUACUAAUCUCUGCUCAGCAGUCACCCCUCAAAGUCCCUGCCUUGUUUAUCGAGCAAAAGAAAGAAGAGAUGCGCAAGAAAGAGGAAGCGGAUCUCGAGGCCCAAGCUGCGAUCAAACGACGGCAAGAGCUGGAGGAAGAAAAAGAGCGCAAGCUGGCAGAAAUCCGACGUCGUGAACGAAGCCAAGGAAAUGGUCGAGGUGGUUACUACGGCUAUGAUAACUCGCAAAGAAAUGGAUCAAGAGAUGAUGGUCCGAGUGGCUAUGCUCCCCGAGGCAACUUCGUCCCCCCUCGUGGCAGAGAUUCAGGAUGGGGGAGUCGCGGCGGGGCCAGAGCCUCAGAUAGCGCAAUUAGAGAGCCAUCGUCUACUAGGAGACGCGAGAGGUCUCGCUCUCGUUCUCGGCCUCUCCUUCGCCACGCCCACAUCGCCGUGACGAGGACUCGUCAAGGUCCCAUCGGCGUGGCUCGCCCCAUCGAGGCCAUCGUGGAGAACGUGCACCUUGAGCCUAAUAUGGCGAUCCACAGCAUGUCUUAA